AUGGUGGAGUUAGACACCACGAAGAUAUCAAUCAUCUCGGCCAAGAAGGCGGACCCCAGAGUGUUGACAGAAUUGGGGGAUCAAUCCAGUGAUCUCCCAAAUGCUAUAAAGAUUAGGAAUGCGCAGGAAAGGAAAUGCAGUUUCUGUUGCAUGUCCUUUGGCGUUCUCCUCUCUGCAGUGACAGUUCUGAUGGUGUCGUGCAUCGGUACUGGUGUGUCCAUAUAUGCAGAGAAGCGGGUGAACUAUACGGUGAACGGUGCAAUGCGGCAGGUUGGCUGGAUCGCUAUCCCGGGUGUGCUUGCGGGCACCACAUUACAUUACUUUCUAUCAGAGGCAAUGUGGAGCAGCAAACGCAACACCUGGGGACAGGCGUGGAUGAAAGCCAUGGCCGUUAACUGUUUUGCGUGGUGCAGUGUCAUUGGUGCGGGGACUCUGUUCUGGCGCAAGUGUCUCCUCAUGAGCUCUGCUGGGCGUCGGAUUUAUUAUCGCUACCCUAUCCCCACGGAACCUCUCGAGUCGCGUGUUCUUCGCAGUCAGGCCGAAUUCUUCACAGGUAUGGGAUGGUCGUAUUGGCUGAGUGGUGUAGUGAGUGGCCAGGUGGGGUUUAUGAGUUGUGUGGGGUUUUGUGUUUGGAAUGAUAGGCCGUACUUCAUGAUGAAUCCACACGGAGGUUAUGCCUCCCGUUGUAUGCCGCUGUGGCGUAGAGAACAGCUUGCGAAGCAGGCGAAUGUCAGUCUUACAAACGUGUGA